UCACAAGAACCCGCACGCAGCUGUCAGUAGGAAAUACUGUUCGUGUUGGAUGGAUGCACCCUGCGGCUGUACCAGGAUAAAUUUAUGACACAUAGCGUGUUUUUUAAAUUCAGAAUGUAAACGUUUUACCUAAACGGUCGCUUUAUUUAAUGGGGGUAAAUGCAGUAAUUCCGCAAAUCCUUCAGAGACAUUUAGCCAGCCAGGCUAAGUGAAACGGGACACUAACAGCCGUAAUGCUAAUAGCUACAUUAGGCUAAUAUAAGCUAAGUUAGCCGGACCGUUGCUCCUCUUACUGCUUAGCCCGUGUAGCGGUUCCAAUCCGGGGACUAGCCUGUUCGGAUUCUCUGCAAACGCAAUAGUUUUUGCUGAAACCGGAGCUGUGGCGGGGAAAGGUGGCCUCAGUAACCCCCUGGCUUUCCAGGCGGACGAACCGCAGUGACACGCCGGUUGUUGAGACCUGAGAUUGGAGCCAUGGCUGAGCUGUCCACCUUGCCUCCUUCUCCACCUCCGCUGGGCGACCCCAGUGCCGCUACAGCUUCUGUGAAUGAGCUGCCUCUGCCGAAGUCUUCCCUCUACAACGACAAAGCUUUGACUGGAAACACUUCUUCAGCACUUUCAAGAGGUUCGACCUCGACUGCUCAGCCUGAGACGGAGGAGCCAGCAGGGAAGAAACAGGAAACGGCGACCGGUGACCAGUCUGUUGCAGAGUCUGGUUCUUCCCAACCUGAAGCCCAGAUAAAAACCACGCAGGAUCCGUUAUCUCCGGAUUUAAACCCCGGUCCCAAUCUGUACCCAAGCGUCCAUGUUUCCUCUAACUCAAACCCCGUCGUUGACGUCGCUCAGCCGCAAACGAGUGCAGAUUUCAACCCUACAACAUCAUCAACUAACGAUGAGGAGAAACCUCAGCCGCCACAACAAGCACAAAAACCUCAAAAUGAGCCGCCGUCGUCCCCAAACCCGGAUCUGGUUGCUGAAGAACUGCCGACUACGUCCACCAUAGCGGCGCCGUCGAGCCCAACUGUGCCUGUGAUCCAAGAGCCAGCCAGCCCGGUGUUGAAGCCCAAGCCAAAACCGGCCCCGGACACGCUGAGCUACCUGGACUCGGCCAGCCUGAUGUCGGGAACGCUGGAGUCGCUGUCCGGAUUGGGAGAGGACGGGAGCUCUGUGGGCUCAGACUCUGAGAUCAACGGGCUCACCUUGAGACGCACCGAUAAGUACGGAUUCCUGGGUGGCAAUCAGUACAGCGACGGAGGUGAAAAGGACAUUCGAGUUGAAGUUGCGAGACAAAGGGAGAUGAAAUGGCUGGACAUGUUCUGCCACUGGGACAAGUGGGUCAAACAUCGCUUCCAAAAGGUGAAGCUGCGCUGCAGGAAGGGAAUCCCGUCUUCCCUCCGAUCUAAAGCCUGGCAGCUGCUGUCUGACAGCCAAGAGCUGCUGGAGGCAAACCCGGGAAAAUUUGAGGAGCUGGAGAGAGAGCCAGGCGAGGCUAAAUGGCUGGACAUCAUCGAGAAAGAUCUUCACCGGCAGUUUCCUUUUCACGAGAUGUUUGCUGCGCGCGGUGGACACGGACAGCAGGAUUUAUUCCGCAUCCUGAAGGCCUACACGGUGUACCGGCCUGAUGAGGGUUACUGCCAGGCCCAGGCUCCCGUGGCGGCAGUGCUGCUCAUGCACAUGCCUGCAGAGCCAGCUUUCUGGUGCCUGGUCCAGAUUUGUGAGAAGUAUCUCCCUGGCUACUACAGCGCCGGCCUGGAAGCGAUUCAGCUGGACGGCGAGAUCUUUUUCUGUCUCCUGCGGCGCACGUGUCCGAUGGCGUACCGUCACCUUAAGAAAUUCAAGAUUGAUCCGAUCCUCUACAUGACGGAGUGGUUCAUGUGCAUAUUCUCACGCACUUUACCGUGGUCCUCUGUGCUGCGCGUCUGGGACAUGUUUUUCUGUGAAGGAGUGAAGAUAAUAUUUCGCGUGGGCUUGGUGCUGCUGAAGCAGAUGCUGGGCUCUGUGGAUAAACUCCGGGAACUGCAGGGAAUGUACGAAACCAUGGAGCGGCUGAGGAACAUCUCACCCGACACCAUCCGGGAGGACGUGCUGGUGCAGGAGAUCAUAAUGCUGCCGGUGACCGAGGCGCUCAUCGAGAAGGAGUGCAGCGUCCAGGUGAGGAAGUGGAAGGACUCCAGAGGUGAGCUGACCCACAAACCGGGCCGCCGGCUCCACGGCACCAGAGCCAUCUAUGAGUAUAAGCGCCGGGCGUCGUCCAUCAGCUCGGGCGGCAGUUUUUCCUUCCUGGGCAGCUCUGCGCCGCCGCCGGGGCCGCUGCGCGCUUCGUCCAGCCUCCUCUCCCUGCCCGGUUUCCGGAAAUCCAGGGCUCCUUUCUUCUCCCAGCCUAAAAAAAUCUCCUUCUCGGGUCCUUCUGGGGCGGAGAGCCAGUCCCCUGUUGCCUCAUCGUCGGGCCAGAAGCCGCCAAUCCCCCCCGGCGCGGCUCCGAAGGCGCCAACGCCGCAGGUCCAGAGCCCUUUAGCCGUGGAGAGCAGCUCAGCACAAAUCCAACCGGCUCCGCCGAACACGCUGUCGCCGAAGAUCGUUUCAGAGCAGAUCACUCCCACAAUCCCAUCGCCGACAGCCAACAACGCGCCGCUGCAACCGCUGCCGCCGCCGCCACAACCACAGCCACCAAAAGAGGCAACCCCAUCUGUGUCCGGAGACGACGAAGGAAAGAAGAAGAAGAAAAGCAAAGAAGACAAGAAGAAGGAAAAGGAAGAUGAGAAGAAAAAGCUGAAGGAGAAGAAAGAGAAGGAGAAAGUUGAAAAGGAGAAAACGAAGAAGGAAAAGGAGAAGAAGAAAGCAGGAAAGAAAAAGGACAAAGGGGCGGAGGAGAACGGAGCGACGGCUGCGGCGAAAGAUUCAACCUAGUUUUUCCCACAAUAGUUUAAAAAAAAAGAGGGAAAAAUGGACAGAAAAACCUGAUUAAUUUAAGAGGUGGUGACUUCCUGUCAUUCUGAGACUUUAUAUAUUUGAAAGACUGAUGGAGAUGAAGAUGAUGAAGACUGGAUUAUGGUUUUAAUAGCACCUGGAGGGGCGGAUUACCUCUCAGCGCUUUUCUCCCCCCAACAACGCAACUGGAGCACAGGCUGCACUGCAAAAAACACAACGUAUUACCAACGAUCCUUAGUCUAAACUUUAGUGCAAAUAUACAUUUCAAAUACAACAAAAUUAACUUACAAGUUACUUUUCAGCAAGAAAUAGGAGAAAAAAUACAUUAUUUCACUUAUAACAUUGAAAUAUUAGGCAGACACUAAGAAAAUAAUACAAGAAAUUAGAAUAAAGUCCUAAAAUGAUGAGAACAGUCGUAAUGAUACGAGGAUAAAGUCAUAAUAUUACCACUUUAGUCUUGUAUUAUUACAACUUUAUUAUGUUAUUCUGACUUUAUGCUCGUAAUCCUCCGACUUUAUUUUCAUACAACUUUAUUCUCGUGUUAUUACGACUUUAUUCUCAUGUUAUUACGACUUAGUUCUCAUCUUUUAGUCUUGGUAAAACACUCCAAAGCUCCUUUAUCUGGCUGAAAAGUUAUUUUUAACUUAGUUUUGUCUUAUUUCAAGUGUACUGAGAUAUUUGGUCUAGAAACAAGAAAAAAAUUCUUGGUAAGAUUUUGUGUCUUUGCAGUGCAUGAAUCUGAUUUAAUUUUUUUUUGCUGAGAAACAUUUAUUUUAUAAUUUUUUUGUCUAUGUUGGUUCUUACAGAAACACGAGGAAGUCUUUAGAAGCGGUGCCAUAGUGUGUUAAAUUAAUUUAAAUUAAAAUCUAGCUGCAGCUCACAGGAUUAACACUCCGUACGUUGUGUUUAACUGGAAUACGGGGGAUAAAACAUCUCAAACGUAGGCACUGAAGACAAAAUCGCUUUUUAUGAUGUUGAGGAUGUAUUUAUUGUCUUUGUAAAUGUGUGUGAGUGUGUGUGUGCCUUAGUAGAUUAGUGAAAUGUGUUGUGGACUCCUACAGCUUGCUUUUUUUUUUUUUUCUUCUUCUUUUUUUUUUAAAUGUAAUUUCAAACUAAUGUUGAACUCUCUCUGAUGCCGAACUCCGAGCCGCUCCGAAACUUUCGUUUGCUUGUUUUUCAGGGGGAAUAAUAGAAACACAGGUUUUAAAAAUCAAAUUUAGGUGCACAAAUUUGAGAACUUGAUUAAAAUUAACUUAUGGGAAACACUUCUAAAAUUAAAUUAAAUACUUUAUUUUCUUCUAAAUUUGCACAGAAUAUAUGAUUUUUUUUUUGGCCUUUUGGCAAAAUUACGCCUGACUAUUUUCAUGUCAGAUCCAAAUUUAAUCAUAUUUUUUUCCUGUUUUGCUCAAUUUCUGUUCUGAAAAAGAAAUUACAAAUGACAGAAAGUAUUAUAAUAAAAGUGACUUUUAUUUCAGUCAUCCCUACUGUGAGUUGGACGACAAAGUAUUAAGGCCAGGCUACCAGAACUUUUGUUUACUUACAAGAAUAAAGUCAUAACAUUCCCUGAAAAAGACACAUUUUCACCAGAAAAACAUCUUAGAAUUACCAGAAAAAAAGUUAUUUAAUGAGGAAAAAUCCUCUCCAGUUAUCAGAAUAUAACACUUAAAUUUUUUGUUACCUUUCAUCUCAUAAAAGUAUAACUUCAUUCUCCUAAUUAUGACUUUUUUUCUGGUAAUACUAUAACUUUUUUCUCAUAUUAUUUUGACUGAUUUUAUUCUUGUAAUUAAAAACAGGAAUCCUUAUCUGGCUCUAACUUUCCGUCAUAAAGUUGACCAGAAUUCAAAGUCCAAAUAAAUAAAAGCUGUAAAAUACGCUUAUGAAACAAGAUGGCCGCCUUGGAUGUGUUGACGUCACUCGUUACUAUGGAAACACAAGAAGUGGGUUGGGGGGGAAAAAAACAUCCAGAUUUUCCUAAACUUUCCAAAAUCUUGAAAAAUUAAAAUUGAUUUAUUGAACUGAAUCUAAUUUUAAGAAUAAUUUUAAUUUUAAAUCACUUUAAAAACUUGAUGCUAACCAGAUUUAAUCACUUCUAAACCAGUUUUUAUUGUUUGUCCCAGCUGUUGUUUUAAGGUGAAAUAAAUAAAUUUCAAACUGGUUAUUAUUUUUAUUAGUCUGUCCAUCGGUGGCCCACAGCAUAAUGCUUCCACCACUGUGCUUAACAGAUAAAGAAGUGUAAUAUCUACUCUUCCUAGCAUAAUGGUAAUCAUGACAUAAUAGCUCAAUCGUUACUGAGUGGCGCUGAUGAUCCAGCAUAUUCAGUGUUGCUAUUCGCAUCAUGAUCCAUUUAAACUGGAAGCUUUGGUCAGUUUAUGAUCAACAAAGAUGCUUUUUUGAGAGGAUAAAGCCGGUUAAAUUGGCGUUUGUGAUGUAAAACCAAUCGGUUUAGUUGAGUUCUACCAUUUAUGCCAACAAGAAAUGUCAAAUAUUUCUCUACAGCUCUUUGUAGUUUGGAGAACAUCUGGAAGAAGUUCAAAUUUGUGCACCUAAGUUUUGUUUUUAAGUUAAAAGGAUGAAUUCGUAGUAGGCCAAACUUCUGAGCAGCACUGUAAAACACAGAAGACUGAAGGAAAGAGGAGACAAUGUUAUGGUGUUUCCUGUCCGUGAGAAAUUCUAUACAUAUUAAAAAAGGAAAGUGCUUUUAUGCACUUGUCGGGCAAAGAGAGAUAGUAUUAAUUUCAAUCCAAAUGAACAAAUUGUACAUUUUGUCCAAUUAAAUUUCAAUAUUUCACAACUUGAGCUCAUUAACCAGUGAGACUGUGGUUUUGAAACAAUGAAGGAUGUUUUUUUUUUUUUUUUUUUUUUUGCACUUGCACCAUUGAAGUUAUUCACUCAUCUGUUUGAAAUCACUGCCUUGAGGACCUACUGCAAGGUGCCAGGGUGUGCCAAUGUAGCAUUAACAUCUGAUCCGGGUGUAUUUAUGUACAAAGGAGGUUAAUUUAAUCAAAUAUAGUAUAUUAUGAAUUAUUAUUUUCAUCUGAAUAUUUUUCUAAGAGGAAGGGACACCUGUUGGACUGGAACAAUGGACUUUUUGCACGUCAAACUUGAUGCAUUUCUUUUGCUUUUGAGUUUACUCAUUGUCGGUUUGGUUGAAUUAUUUUCAGUGACAUACAGUAUUAAAUGAAAAGAGUUAAAAAGAAAGAAGUGAGGACAAACUGAACAAGCUGAGUCGAUGGAUUCAGGCAAAAACAGGAGGAACGUUCUGAGUGGUUUAACGAGGACAAGAUCUUUGUGUGUUUUAAAUCUAACGCUCUAAUCUAUUUACACUCAGUGUUUUGUACUGUAAUCUUUAUGCAUUCGUUAAACGGCACUGAGCCUGUUGGGAAUAACACCACGGCCAAUCAGGGCCAUUGUAGGUAGAACAAAAGGAGUAAAUGUCCACUGAGAAAUUCAGAAAUUUUGAGCUUAAUCUCAGUAAUUUUCUUUGGGGAAAAAAAAGAAAUUGAAAAUUCUGAGUUUGAAAAUUUAAAAUAUUGCAAGAAAAACUAAAAUUUCCAGAUUAAUCUCAAAUUUUUUUUUUUAAAAACUGGGAAAUUUCUGUUUCAAAAUGUGACAAUUUUUGACAUUUCAACUUGGAAAAUUUCCAAAAGUUGAAUUUUUUAUUUUAUUAUUAUUAUUUUAUUUUAUUUUAUUUUUUUUUACUUUUUAAACUUUUUUUUAAAGAAAAUUUCUGAGAUUAAUCUCAGAAUUUCAGAUUUUUUUCUGGCAAACUUUCGUCUUUUCAAACUCAAAAAUUUCUCUUUUUUUCAAGAGAGAUUAAUUUCUGAGAUUAAUCUCAAAAUUUUUGUUGCACAUUUUUGACUUGGAGGUUUUUUAAGUUUUUGAUUAAUUUACAUAAAUAAAUUAUUGCAAAUUUUCAAGCUCAGAAUUUUCCAAGAUUUUUUUUUCUUCACUAAAAUCUACAAAUUUUAAUUUUUUGGUGGAAAUUUUCUUCUUUUUUUUCUCUUGUCUACCAUGGCCAUAUUAUGGCGUUGUAAAAUAGUGCAGAAUAGUUUGUGUAAAACCAUUAAGAUCAAACAUCGAGUCUCUUGCUGUUUAGCAGUUAUCUAGUCGUCGUACCUAACAUCUCCUCCAGAUUCAUUGUUUAUGUCGUGACUCUGAUGUCAUUUACCUUCAUAUGUCUCAUAUUUCAUCAUAGAUCAGUGUAACGUAACAAACCACAUCUAUGCAAACCUUCUUCCAUCUUGACUGUUGAUGUGUGCAGCAGCAGCAGCACACAAUUAAAUCAGCUAAAAAAAUGAUUUUUGUGCUUCAGUCGGUGUGUUUUCUGCACACUUUCAGAUGUUUCGUGAGCAAAUCCUCCUCACUAAACAUCGAUUUGCUGAGAGAGCGAUGUAAUAAACGUGAAUCUGACACUAUUUCUAGGUUCAGCACUUGGCUCUGCAAUACUGAGGAUAAAUUACAACAAUAAAGUCGAUCCUCGUCUGUCAUUUCUGCGUUAAUGAUGAAGCUGCUUCGUUGGGAAUAACUCCACUGAUGCAAGUACUUAAAGUGUUUCUCUCAAUGCCGUUACGUCUGUUUGUGUCUUAAGUUUACAUCUCUCUCUCUCUUUCUGUGGCGAAAGUGAAAUGAAAUCAUAGCUAAAUAAAUUCAUUCCUUCAGAUUGACAACUGAUGUAUUUAUAAUGAUGAUAAUGACAGUUGUGAUGAAUAAUAAACUGUAAUAUAUUAAGUCA